CCCGGGGCGCGAUCCGCCGCCCGCCGCCCGGGGACCCGGCGAGGGGCGGGGGCAGCCCCGAACUGGCCCCCGGUCUCUCCCUCGCCGGUCUUAGGCAUCCCAGAAAGUUUGUCCCUUUGCUCUCCGCCGGGAGUUCUGCCGCGACGAGAACCCCAGACAGACCUUUGGAGCUACAGGUGCCUCCUGACUACUCUUCCCCCACAAUCAGGGUUUCCCUUACAGCCCUGCUGGUGUGGCCAGGCCCCAAGUGUAGGAUGGGGCUUCCCAUACGAGGGCCGGUGGCAGCCAGAACUGACACAGCCCCGCUGAUCUGGGGCCAGGACACCAGCUGAGGAGGGCAGGAGAUUCUGGAGUUAUGGCUGGUGCCUCCGUGAAAGUGGCAGUGAGGGUUCGGCCCUUUAAUGCCCGUGAGACCAGCCAGGAUGCCAAGUGUGUGGUCAGCAUGCAGGGCAACACCACCUCCAUCAUUAAUCCCAAACAGAGCAAGGAUGCCCCCAAAAGCUUCACCUUCGACUAUUCAUACUGGUCGCAUACUUCGGUGGAGGAUCCGCAGUUUGCGUCUCAACAGCAGGUGUAUCGAGACAUAGGAGAAGAGAUGCUGCUCCAUGCCUUUGAAGGCUACAACGUGUGCAUCUUUGCCUAUGGGCAAACGGGGGCUGGGAAGUCCUACACUAUGAUGGGGCGGCAGGAACCGGGGCAGCAGGGCAUUGUGCCUCAGCUCUGUGAGGACCUCUUCUCUCGAGUCAAUGUGAACCAGAGUGCUCAACUUUCCUACUCUGUGGAGGUGAGCUAUAUGGAGAUCUAUUGCGAGCGAGUUCGAGACCUCUUGAAUCCCAAGAGUCGGGGCUCUCUGAGGGUCCGGGAGCACCCCAUCCUGGGCCCGUAUGUGCAAGACCUGUCUAAAUUGGCUGUGACUUCCUAUGCAGACAUUGCUGACCUCAUGGACUGUGGAAAUAAGGCAAGAACCGUGGCUGCCACCAACAUGAACGAGACCAGCAGCCGCUCCCAUGCUGUUUUUACUAUUGUCUUUACCCAGCGCUCCCAUGACCAGCUUACUGGCCUGGAUUCAGAAAAGGUCAGUAAGAUCAGCUUGGUGGACCUUGCCGGGAGCGAGCGGGCUGACUCCUCAGGGGCCCGGGGAAUGCGUCUAAAGGAAGGUGCCAACAUCAAUAAGUCCCUGACUACUCUUGGAAAGGUGAUCUCAGCCCUGGCAGAUUUGCAAUCAAAGAAGCGGAAGUCGGAUUUCAUCCCCUAUAGAGACUCUGUGCUUACCUGGCUGCUCAAGGAGAAUUUGGGUGGGAACUCACGCACAGCAAUGAUUGCAGCCCUGAGUCCUGCUGACAUCAAUUAUGAGGAGACACUCAGCACUCUCAGGUAUGCAGACCGCACCAAGCAAAUCCGAUGCAAUGCUGUCAUCAAUGAGGACCCCAAUGCUCGGCUUAUCCGGGAGCUGCAGGAGGAGGUGGCCCGGUUGCGGGAGCUGCUAAUGGCUCAGGGACUUUCAGCCUCUGCUCUAGGAGGUCUAAAGGUGGAAGACGGGAGUCCUGGAGCUGUUCUGCCCGCUGCAUCAUCUCCCCCUGCCCCAGCUUCACCCUCAUCUCCUCCUCCACAUAAUGGGGAGCUGGAGCCCUCAUUCUCACCCACUGCUGAGCCCCAGAUUGGGCCUGAGGAGGCCAUGGAGAGGCUGCAGGAAACAGAGAAGAUUAUAGCUGAGCUGAAUGAGACUUGGGAGGAGAAGCUUCGGAAGACAGAAGCUCUGAGAAUGGAGAGAGAAGCAUUGCUGGCUGAGAUGGGCGUGGCUGUCCGGGAGGAUGGCGGUACUGUGGGUGUCUUCUCUCCAAAAAAGACUCCCCACCUGGUAAAUCUGAAUGAGGACCCCUUGAUGUCUGAAUGUCUCCUCUACCACAUCAAAGAUGGCAUCACCAGGGUUGGCCAGGUAGAUGUGGACAUCAAGUUGACUGGCCAGUUCAUCCGGGAGCAGCACUGUCUCUUCCGCAGCAUCCCUCAGCCUGAUGGAGAAGUCAUGGUCACACUGGAGCCUUGUGAAGGAGCUGAGACAUAUGUCAAUGGGAAGCUUGUGACGGAGCCGCUGGUGCUGAAGUCAGGAAAUAGGAUUGUAAUGGGCAAGAACCAUGUUUUCCGCUUCAAUCACCCGGAGCAGGCGCGGCUGGAACGAGAACGCGGGGUCCCCCCACCCCCAGGACCUCCCUCCGAGCCUGUGGACUGGAACUUUGCUCAGAAGGAGCUGCUGGAGCAGCAAGGCAUAGACAUCAAGCUGGAGAUGGAGAAGAGGCUGCAGGACUUGGAGAAUCAGUACCGGAAAGAAAAGGAAGAGGCGGACCUGCUGCUGGAGCAGCAGCGGCUGUAUGCAGAUUCUGACAGUGGGGAAGACUCCGACAAGCGCUCUUGUGAAGAAAGUUGGCGGCUGAUUUCCUCCUUGCGGGAGCAGCUGCCCCCUACCACAGUCCAGACCAUUGUCAAGCGCUGUGGCCUGCCCAGCAGUGGCAAGCGCAGGGCCCCUCGAAGAGUUUAUCAGAUCCCUCAGCGACGCCGGCUCCAGGGCAAAGACCCCCGAUGGGCCACCAUGGCUGACCUGAAGAUGCAAGCAGUUAAGGAGAUAUGCUAUGAGGUAGCCCUGGCUGACUUCCGUCAUGGACGAGCAGAAAUUGAAGCCCUGGCUGCUCUCAAGAUGAGGGAGCUGUGCCGAACCUACGGCAAGCCUGAGGGGCCUGGAGAUGCCUGGAGAGCUGUGGCCAGGGAUGUCUGGGAUACUGUGGGUGAAGAAGAAGGAGGCGGAGGUGGCGGAGGUGGCGGUGAGGAGGGGGCCCGCGGGGCAGAGGUGGAAGACCUCCGGGCUCACAUCGACAAGCUGACAGGGAUUCUGCAGGAAGUGAAGCUGCAGAACAGCAGCAAGGACCGAGAGCUGCAGGCCCUGCGGGACCGGAUGCUCCGCAUGGAGAGGGUUAUCCCGCUGACCCAGGAUCUUGAGGAUGAUAAUGAAGAAUCUGGUUUGGUCACCUGGGCCCCACCCGAAGGGUCAGAGGCAGUAGAGGAGACCGUGCCCAAUGACCACUCACCAGCUGUCCGGCCCACCUCACCACCCCAGUCCAGCUGGGAACGGGUGUCAAGAUUGAUGGAGGAGGACCCUGCCUUCCGUCGCGGCCGCCUUCGCUGGCUCAAGCAGGAGCAGCUGCGGCUGCAGGGAUUGCAGGGCUCUGGGGGCCGGGGUGGGGGGCUGCGCAGGCCUCCAGCCCGCUUUGUGCCCCCGCAUGAUUGCAAGCUGCGCUUCCCCUUCAAAAGCAACCCUCAGCACCGGGAGUCCUGGCCAGGAAUGGGGAGUGGCGAGGCUCCAGCUCCCCAACCCCCUGAAGAGGUCACUGUCCCCCCAGUUCCCCCUAACCGCAGGCCUCCAAGUCCCCGAAGGCCCCACCGUCCUCGCAGGAAUUCACUAGAUGGAGGGAGCCGAUCUCGGGGAGGGGGUUCUACACAGCCAGAACCUCAGCACUUACGGCCCCCAAAGCACAACUGUUCUCCCCAACAGCCCCAACCUUUCCCAGCCCAGCGGCCAGGGCCCCGCUACCCACCAUACACUACCCCUCCGCGAAUGCGACGGCAGCGCUCAGCCCCUGACCUCAAAGAGAGUGGGGCGGCUGUGUGAGCCCCACAUGCUGGGCAAACUGGGCCUAGUGGGGCCCUUGCUAGGAGGAAGGUGCCCGCUGCUUCCCCAAGAAGCCCUGGGGCAAGGAGGCCAGAAAGCAGAGAGCAAGAGAGAGGGAAGGUCCGAGUAGGUGGUAGAAGAUGCGAGAGUGAGCUGGAGGCUGAGGGAAGGAGGAAGAGGGCGCGGAGUUGCCAGGAGCAAACCAAAGUCAAGGAGGAACCGUAGGAAGUUGUCUUGGGGCUACCCGUUGCAGAGGGGAGUCCCACAAACGCUGCUAUGGGUGGGUGGGUGGGCUGGGGUCUGCAUAGCCAGUGUUUGACUUUCUUUUUGAGUGGGUGUAACGGGGAGAGAACCGAGAGUGAGGUGGGUUCUCCCCAGCUCUUGUCCGUCCGUUUGUCCGUCUGUCUGUGGUGGAUUUCUGUUUCCAGGGAGGUGUGGUGGGAUCCUAAGUCAUUCCCUUCCCCUUCCAGGCCUCCUGCUAUAUUUAGGGGACCUGUCUGGUUUGGCUGGAGUCCCACAAGAAUGUGGGACUUCUUAAUAAAGGAUAGCAAACAGCUUGUGGCUGGUUGGGUUUUAGUAGAGGCUCAGGUUGUGCGAGUAAAGUGUAUCGUUUUACUAAGUGUGUCAUCUCACGUCAUUUCUGCACGUGCGUGUGUCGGCCUCAUCAGCACUGCAAGCAGGCGAAUGCUGCCAUCCUGUUUUCUUGCAUUGAAAACCUCCUCCUGUUCCUCUCUUUGGGGUACACAGCCUGUUCUUUCAUUUCUGUUCGCUCUGGGUCUCUGCCCGGAUCCUAUACCCUCAGUGUCCUUAACAAAGGAGGGAGGGCUGUGAGGGGAAAUGGGGUCUUUCAGCCUGUCCAUGCCUAGAUGGAGGAUUUGGGGUUCUACCUCAUUGACUCACCUCACUUGUUUGAAAGGUGUCUGCGGUGAGUGUUGAUCGGGCUUCCUGUACCGGUUGUGUAUUUUCAUUUCACCUGCGUGUGUUACUUACCCUUUAGCGGGGCCACAUUCAACCUCCCGAGCAGCAUUUUAAGACUUGCUUACUAAGCCAGGCAUUGUGGUGCACACUUUGAAUCCCCACAGAAAUAGGCAGAUCUCUGAGUUGGAGGCCAGCCUGGUCUACAGAGUUAGUUCCAGGUUAGCCAAGGCUACACAGAGAAACCCUGUUUCCAAAAACAAAAAAAGAAUCGCUUUCUAGCUAGAUGGGUGUUGUGUUGCCCUUCAUUGAAUGAAGCAUUAGGAUGCUGAGACAAGGAAAUUGACACAGGUUCAAAGCCAACCUAAACUAUACCAGACCCUGUUUUAAAUGAUCACACCCCCAACAACCCAAAAUGGUUAAAACUUUUAAAAAUUAUAGGUUAUAAAUGUGAGUGUGGGUUUGUAUGUGUGAGUACAGAACAGUGUCCUCUACGUGGUACUGUGCUGGUAUUGAACUCUGGUUCUCUCCAAGAAUAGUAUGUACUCUUAACCACUGAACUCCCUGCCUACCUUAGAGUUUAAAAAUAAUAAUAAUAAAAA